AUGCCCUUUAAAAAUACUUCAAGGUCAAGGCUUCUGUUAUCAUCUGUUGACUGUUUCACAUCAUCAGGGAGAACUGCAAGAUUUAUAACAAAAUAUAAACCACCAAUGCCUGUGAUAUCUGUUUUGAUUCCCCCGUUCAAAACAAAUCAACUACGAGGGACAUUUACUGGUGCUUUUGCUGAGGUAUCGACCGAGAAAAGCAUCAGCAAUGAAAGCGCCAAGAAGAGGAAGAAGCCUUGCCGUUCAAGUCUACGUGCUGACAUUCUCGGCGGCGGUGGCCGUCGAUUGCCCCAAGGGACCGGUCAAGAGAUGUCUGUGGUGGUUGGAUGUUUUAAUGAACGUGCACAAAAGGUGCUUGAUGUUCAUCUGGCAACAGGCUUCCACAAGUACUUCAUGUGGUGCAAAGGCAAGUUACAUGGAAACCAUCAUUCUUUAAUACAAGAAGAUAAGGACCUUGUUGCUUAUGCAGUUAUCAAUGCCAUUGCUAUGCACAAAAUUCUUAAAAAAUAUGAUAAGGUUGAUCCUAUAUUUUCUGCAAGUUCAUGGAUGUUUGCGAACCUUAGUGUUGUUAUGCUUCGAUUAUGUGAACCUUUCGUGGAUACAAAUUCAACAAAGAAAGACAAAAUUGACCCUAAAUAUGUCUUUUAUGGUUCUCGUUUGGAUUUCAAUGGCUCAUCUUCUGCUACCAGUACACUUUUUGAGGGGCACCAACUCUCCGUUCAGUAUCCUGUGAAGAAUCUUUUGAAACUCUAUGUUGAUAUCGAGUUCACUGGAUCACCCUAUAUUUAA